AUGUUAAGAUAUUAUAAUCCAAGUGGAAGAUUUGUUAUUGGAGGACCAAUGGGAGAUGCAGGAUUAACAGGAAGAAAAAUUAUUGUAGAUACAUAUGGAGGAUGGGGAGCACAUGGAGGAGGAGCAUUCUCAGGAAAAGAUUCAAGUAAAGUUGAUAGAUCAGGAGCAUAUUGUGCAAGAUGGAUUGCUAAGAGUUUAGUUCAUGCAGGACUUUGUCAUAGAGUUCUUGUUCAAUUAAGUUAUGCUAUUGGUGUUUCACAUCCAUUGAGUAUUAAUGUAAAUACAUAUGGAACUGGAAUUUGUGAUGAAACAUUAUUGGUUGAUAUUGUUAAUAAGAACUUUGAUAUGAGACCAGGAAUGAUUAUUAAAGAAUUAGGAUUAACAAAACCUAUUUUCCAAAAAACAGCAGUUGGAGGACAUUUUGGAAGAAAUGAUCCAGAUUUCAAAUGGGAAUUCCCAAAAGAAUUAGAAAUUCCAGCUGAACUUAAACCAAAAUUGUUGAAGAAUGAACCAUAA